AUGCGUGUCCUUCCCUCCGUUCUGCUCCUCUCGGCCCUCUGCCCACCCAUCUUGGCAGUCCCCGCAGGUUCCAGCAUUGCUCCCGGUGCUCCGCCGCCACUCCAGCCGAUCAACCUUCUCGACCAGCCCUCCGACCCGCGCCGUCCAUGGACUCGCCUGCGUGACUGGCUGAUUGAAUCAGUCUGGGGUCUGCCCCGGACGUGUCCCAAGCACACCGGUAUUCCCUCCAACGUGCGCGAUCGCUAUGGCAGCGAUGUCGUUGUCCGUUUUCAUCUGCGUCAUCCCGACGAUGCGGAGGCGUUAGCCUCGGCCUCGAGGGUAUUGGUGCUUGAUGUCUGGGCCAUUACCGCGCAAUAUGUAGAUAUUCGACUUGCGGAAGAUAUGAUUCCUUCUCUCCUCGACCUGCUGCCCCCUUCCCUCCGCUCAAACCAUACCCCCCUCAUGGACGACCUUGUCGAUAUGAUCUACAAUACUUACCCAAGACACCUGCACCAUUCGUCCGAUACGGAACCCGAUUUCAGAUCCGGGAGCAGGCGGACUGCCACCGCACCGGUCGGCGACGUCUUUUUCCUUGACUAUCAGCCGCUAUCCGUUGUCGUGCAAUGGAUGCGACUGAUGGCAUCAAUGUUCCCCACACAUACCCAAUUCACCAGUAUCGGACUAUCCUACGAGGGACGCGAUAUUCAUGCUCUGCGGGUUGGGACCACACGUUCUGCGUUGGAGCCGACCGGCCCGCGCAAGACUAUCGUCGUAGUGGGCGGUUCCCACGCACGAGAGUGGAUCAGUACCUCCACGGUUACCUACGUCGCAUACAGCCUCAUCACCCAGUAUGGCCAUUCAGCCGAGGUGACACGUCUCCUGCAUGAGUAUGAAUGGGUCUUGAUCCCAACCCUCAACCCGGAUGGCUACGUCUACUCGUGGGAGUCGGAUCGUCUCUGGCGCAAGAACCGACAAUCUACCGGUCUGCCUUUAUGCCGGGGAGUCGACCUCGACCGAGCUUGGGACUUUGAAUGGGACGGUGAGUCCACUCGGUCGAACCCUUGCUCUGAAAACUACGCAGGUUCAGAGCCCUUCGAGGCCCUCGAGUCCCACCGGCUGGCCCAGUGGGCGCAGAACGAGACCGAUAGCGGCCGCGCCGAUAUCGUAGGCUUUUUGGAUCUUCACUCGUACUCCCAGCAGAUCCUGUAUCCCUACUCAUAUAGCUGCGCCUCCGUCCCUCCGACGCUGGAAAGCCUCGAGGAACUGGGCCUCGGUCUGGCCAAGGCCAUUCGCCAGUCCACCCACGAAUCCUACGAUGUGACAUCCGCUUGUGAGGGUAUCCUGCCAAACGGCGAAGCCGCCAAUAUCAGCUCUGGAGGCAGUGCCCUCGACUGGUUCUACCACAAGCUGCACGCUACAUACUCAUUCCAGAUCAAGCUGCGAGACCGCGGUAGCUACGGCUUCUUGCUCCCGCCCGAGCAUAUCGUCCCCACCGGCAAGGAAAUUUUCCACGCGGUGUUGACAUUCGGUCGAUUCGUCUGGGGCGAGAGGAUUGUCGAACAUGACGAUGACGAGAUUCCAGCUUUCAAGCCUCCGUUCAAUUUCGAACAGAAGCCGUUGUCGAAGAAGUAG